AUGGCAGCACUCACUGAUGAUGCCGACUACGAUGCCGGCGAAACGUUUGAGAAUGUACCAAGUCCACUUUCUGAUGCUGGGAACCAUGACGACUACUAUGGCAGACGACUUCGGACUAGGUGCGUUCUACAUAGUCACCCUGACAACAAGCCCAAGUCGCGACAACGAAGUCAACCCACUUCUAUAAAUGGAAUUUUAGUCUAA